AUGAUCGUAACGAGCGACGCCGACUCAUCCUAUGAAAUCGCCCCGACGUUGAGGCUGUUCGUCCAGCCGAUCGAACUGCUGCCGACCCCGCCCCGUAUGAUCGAUGGCGACGAGAGUCUAUCCCCCGAGUAUGUUGAUCCGCUUGCCGGUCAUCCCAAGCUCGGCAGGAAGGGAGAAACCUUGUACGUCCGGCCUGUCGACCAUCUUGAGGAAGGCAGGGACUUAUCCCGGGACGAGACCGAUGACGGUCUCUUCGAGAAGACCCGGAGUCCUCCGGACGUUCCGCUACCCGACGGCAUGGUCGAUCCCCCCGGCUCGUUCGCCGCACGCCGGAAGCGCGCCGAGAUGGACGGUGAAAAGGCCGGCAAGUACCGUGACAUCCGCGGCUUCAGGCUGCACGCCGAGCGCGGCUACACCUUCUGGCGGUUCAACAUCGAGGUUGAGCUACGUGACAAGCAGCAGCGCAUCGCGUACCGCAUCAACCGCGGCCCGUCGACCGGCUUCUGGGUCCCUGCCAAGGGCCAGCCCAUGAACAUCAUGUUCUACAGCUGCAACGGGUUCAGCUUGAGCGUCGACUCGAACCUGUUCAGCGGGCCGGAUCCCCUGUGGCGUGACGUGCUGAAUGCUCACCAGAGCCAGCCCUUCCAUGUCAUGAUCGGCGGUGGUGACCAGAUUUAUAACGAUCGCUGCAUGCAGGAUGUCAGGCUCUUCCGCGAGUGGUUGAGCAUCAAGAACCCGAUCCACAAGCACAAUGCGCCGUUUACCCCCGAGAUGCAGGACGAGCUGGAGGCGUUCUAUCUCGAGCGGUACUGCAUGUGGUUCUCGCAGGGUCUGUUUGGCAUGGCCAAUGCUCAGAUUCCCAUGGUGAAUAUGUGGGACGACCACGACAUCAUUGAUGGGUUUGGCUCGUACCCUCAUCACUUCAUGAACUCGCCCGUCUUCUCGGGUCUCGGUAACGUCGCGUUCAAGUAUUACAUGCUCUUCCAGCACCAGAGCAUCCCCUCGGAGACGGAAGAGGCUGAGCCAAGUUGGAUACUUGGCGAGAAGCCGGGCCCGUACAUCAACGAGCUCAGCCGUAGCUUGUUCAUGUCGAUGGGCGGCAAGGUCGCCCUGUUGGCCGUCGAUGGUCGCACGGAGAGGACCAGGGAAGAGGUGGUCAGCGAGGACACCUGGAAGAAGCUCAUGGAUCGCUGCUACUCCGAGAUCGACAAGGGCAAGGUCGACCACCUCCUCGUGCUCCUUGGCGUUCCCAUUGCCUACCCGCGUCUCGUCUGGCUGGAAAACAUCCUCACCUCGCGCGUCAUGGACCCGAUCAAGGCGCUCGGCAAGCUGGGCAUGCUAGGCGGCCUGCUCAACAAAAUCGACGGUGGCGUCGAGGUACUCGACGACCUCGACGACCACUGGACGGCGAAGAGCCACAAGCGCGAGCGCAGUAUCGUCAUCGAGGACCUCCAGGACCUGGCCGCCGACAAGUCCGUCCGCGUGACGAUCCUCAGCGGCGACGUGCACCUCGCCGCCAUCGGCCAGUUCUACUCGAAUCCCAAGCUCGGCUUGCCCAAACACAAGGACUUCCGGUACAUGCCGAACGUGAUUUCGUCGGCCAUUGUCAACACCCCGCCGCCGGAAAUCCUCGCUGAUGUGCUCAACAAGCGGAACAAGGUCCACCAUUUCGAUAAAGAAACGGACGAGGACAUGAUUCCGCUCUUUGCACAUGGCGUGGAUGGCAAGCCGAGGAAUAAUAAGCAUCUCCUGCCGCAUCGCAACUGGUGCUCCAUUAGACCUUAUGUUCCCGGCACCACGCCGCAGUCGACGCCAGCGCAGUCCUCGGCUGAGGUCGGCCCUGGCGAGGGAGGUGAGCGCAGGGGGAGUAUCUUCCGUCGCCUGUCCUUCCGCAGCCGCAACAAGUCGAUGCCCACCGUCGGUACCGAGGGCAGCGUCUCGGCAAGCGGUAUCCCCAAGGACAGGUCUCGCCCUCCGAUCUCUCGCAGCGGCUUGCUCCUGCGCUCACUGUCUCGUCGUCCGGGCACCGCGAGUGCAGACCACGUUGGCCAGGCGAACCAGCAAGCUGGCGCGAGUAAGACCGGUCUGGUGCGCACAUUCUCUGCGUCCAAUGUGGCUGGUGCCUCGCAGUCCAAGUUUGGCGGCCUGUUCAGGAGGAGGAGCACCGCUAGCAAGAAGGACGUCGCUGUGCAGACCAACGGGCCGGACACGGAUACCGAGUCGGUUGUUCGUCAUGAUCAGCACGAUCAACCCCAGACCCAGAGUCACCAGCAUGCGGCGUACGAAGAACAUAACUACUCCGGCCCGGUCAUCAACGACGAGUUCCAGCGGGGUGACGAAGCCUGCUUCACCGCCGUCCGGCCAAACACCUCCCGCGGACACAAGCCUACUCCGACGGGUCUCCCGCAUGCCGCGACGACCGGGAAUAUCCCCCAGGCCACCACGGAGAGCACGUCUGAUCCGAAGACGUCGCCCUUCCGCCGCACGCCGACGCUCCUCACUGCCAAGCAGCGCAAGCACGCCGAGGAGUAUACAAUUGACUUGACGGGUGCGCUGGAGGUGACGCUCAACGUAGAGAUCUCCCCGCGCGAUCCGGGCGGCAGUACCGUGCCGUACCGGCUGGUCGUGCCCAAGCUGUGGUAUGACGAUGAGAUGGACGAGACGUUGUCUAACAGGGAGGGGAAGGAGCGGAAGACUAGGGUGAGGGAAAGUGUGGAUGGGGAAAAGGUUGCCAGACCGGACAGCGAGAGUGGGGUUAGGCGUGAGGAUGAGGAGACGGGGGUGAGUGAGGGGGAGGAAGAGGACAGGAGUAUCCCUGCUGCUGUUGGGGAGGAGAAGAGGGGAUUGAAGAGGUUGUUUAGUUUGAAGAGGCGGUCGACGGCGGCGUAUUGA